AUGAAGAAGUGGAAGAAUAUUAGAGAUAGUUAUAUGAAAGAAGUAAAAUCAGAAACUACCUCAGUGUCGGGUCAAUCGGCUCCAAAAAAAAAAAGAUAUAUUUAUUUUGACUUGUCCUUUUUACGCCCUACCGUCAGUACUGUAAAUGAACGAGAGUCCAAUGUAUCUCCAAUACUUUCGACUUUAUCACAAAAUCAGGAAGAAGAUAAUUUGAUGAGACCACCUCGACAAAACCAAGUUCCUCCCAAAAAAAAGAAACAAACGGAAAGUACCCAAAUUCCUCAAAUAACAAAAAUUUUGAACGAAAGUUUACAAUUACAAAAGUUAAAUAAUGAUAGUGACGCAAAAGGAAAUCGAGCAUUUCUUAUGUCCUUUGUACCCAUUAUAGAUUCUAUGACUCCAGAUUUGGCUAUGGAAACCAGAUAUGAAAUUACGAAUUUAUCAGAAAUAUACAAAGAAACGAAAGAAACCGCAGUAUUCCUAGCAACUUAUCUGAAUUUCUUUAACAGAGGAACCAGGAUUCAUCUGGGAGCUCUGGCUCUAGAGCAUAUCAUGUAA